AUGAAAGGAGGUUUUCUUAGUGCUCUAAUAGAUAAAAUGAAGAAUAAAACCAUUGGACAUGUGUUCUACGUGUGUGGCUUAACUCUGUCAUUGACUACAAAUGUUUUACUUGCUCUAGAGAUUGCCUUUUGGUUUGAUUUGAAUAGUUAUCAAAGUAAAUUAUUGUGGAAUGUAACAGCAUUGAGAUUGACUAUACUAAUUUUGGGUUAUCAAGAUUCAGAAAAUUCCACAGCAGCAGAAAAAUCUGAAACUUCAAUUAGAAUAAGUGAGGAUGUUGAAAAUAUGAAUGUGGAUGUGGAGCAAAAUAAAAUUUUUUUUGAUGAAAAAGAAGGAUGA